AUGCCUCGAUGCUUGCCCGCAUCAGGCGCGGUCACGAACGGCAUCAACUAUUCCUUGCCUUCAUUGGACCAAACAGUCCGAGUUAAGUUCAGAAUCGGAGGCUUGGGCACCAUAUCCGCCAAGUGUGAGCUGCCUGAAACGAGCCUGACAUUCACUAUUCACCCCGAGAACCCCGACACGCAGCCCACUCUGAAGCUUGAAAUCACCAAAGACGACUGCAUCUUGAAGAAGCGAGAGAAUGACUCGGGUGCGUAUGAGCGCAUCCCUGAAAGCCUCAACUUCAACCCAGAAGUGAGGGACAGAUCCAAGUACUUUAACAAAAUCAUGUUCCCCAAGGGCAAAGCAUCUGCUCUUCUUGAGGCCAUCGACCAGAGCUGCAGAGGCCCCGCAAAGUUGUGUGGGGAUACUUUGGAAUCGAAAAAAGGCGAAUUCGGAAGCAUUAGGGAGACCUAUCUUCGAAUCACUGUUGGUGACAACUUGGCCAACUCCCCAGGCAUUCCCUAUGUCAUGGAAAUCUGGCCUCCAGGCCACUCAUCGCCUAUCCACCAGCACGGUGACGCCUCAGCCAUCAUCAGGGUCCUGCACGGCAGCAUCGAUGUGACGUGGUAUGAUGCUCUCAAGAAGAACCGCAUACCCAAGCAGAUCGGCAACCAGGUCCGCCUCUCAGAGGGUGACAUGACAUGGCUAGGUGAGAAGCAGUAUCAGAUCCACCAGCUCAAGAACAACACCGAUAAGGUGUGCAUCACGCUCCAGUGCUACCAGUUUGAGGAGCACGACACCAUCCACGACGAGACCUUUCACUGGAUGGAUAAGCAGCUUCAGAUCAAAGAUUUUAUCCCCAACAGCGAUAUGGCUUAUGGGCUCUUUGUUCAGAAGAUGAAGGAGGAAUGGGGGGCGGAUAAUCUAAAGCCAGUGGACUGUGGCAACUCAACACAGUGGGUAGCGAUUGUGGGUUUUUUCACUGUUGCCUGCCUCUCUUAUGCAAAGUACGGUGGCUAUCUCAAGAAGCUAGUCACGUAA